UCUGUGGCACUUGUGAUUGAUUUUCAUCGCGAAUUUACUGAAAUCCCAGCUGUUUCGUUGCAAUAGCUGCACUGCGCCUGCCUGAACUGAAUGCACCCCAGAUUCCCGGGCCUUCUAGCUCAUAAAACAUAUCAGUAUCAGUCGAUAUGUCGUCCAUCAUGGAUGAAAGGGUGACUGACGAGAUCGAGGCUCUAGAAGCAAUAUUAAUGGACGAUGUGGUAAUUAAACGAGUGGGGGACGUUCCUCAAGUCAUCGAGACCGUCCUCCACCCGUCUACGGGGGACGAUGUGGAGCAACAGUACGUUUGUGUGACGCUUGUAGUAAAGUUGACGCCAGGCUACCCUGAUAGCAUACCUGAGGUAACGCUUAGGAAUCCGCGAGGCUUGGACGAUGACAUCCUGGCAAACAUCCAUGUACAAAUCAGGGAGAAAAUAGCCGACUGUCUUGGUUCACCGGUCAUUUUUGAACUGAUUGAGCUUAUUAGGGAUUGUCUGACGGAGUGCAACUUGCCAAGCGGUCAGUGCAUGAUCUGCCUGUUCGGGUUCUGUAAGGGAGAUCAUUUCGUGAGGACUCAAUGCUACCAUUACUUCCAUAGCCAUUGCUUGGCUCUCCACUUGAUUUCUGGUAGGCGUUAUCAUGAGGAGGAGAAAUCGGUGCUGCCAGCUUGGCAACAGGCAACCAAAGAUCCUUUCAAGGAGAUGUGCCCUGUGUGCCGGGUCACCCUGACCAACAUCGACGUGGACACAAUGGCUAAGGCCCCGCCACCAAUGGCUUCGUUCACUGCACCAGCAUUCCACCUGACCGAGGAGUUACGGACGCUGCAACGUGAGAUGGCUAAGAUGAUGGCCUACCAGAUGGCCAAGGGUGGCAUCAUUGGGUGCAAUGACCCCGGCCCACCACCACUCACCAUCACGACUCCCGAGGACAAUGAGAAUAAUGUGAAUAACAGCUCUCCGACUCCUGCCCCGGAGGUGGUGAAGGCUCCCAACAACAACGCCAUCAACUGCGCCGCGCGCCAGACCGGCGGCAACUCCUCCAACGAUAACUCCGCCCCCGGCUCCCCCGCCCGCCCUGCCUACCGCGGCCCCUACAGGGGCUUCAACCGUCGCGGCAAGCCGGGACGCCGCGGGCGCGGCGCUGCGCGGUGACCCCGCCCCGAGCGCCCGCACUCGCCCCCCGCAUAGCUGCAUCCCCGCCCCACUCGACCCCCGCGCUCCACUCGCACUCUGGACUCUGUAGCCUACAUACUGGACCUCGGCCAUACAUCCCUGGACGUUCACACUACAUCUGCCCGAGGAUAUAACUCUAACACACCUUUGCGCGUCGCCCGUACUAACACAUCGCGCAAACUAUCGGUCAUACUAAUGACUCGUAUCACCAUUGAUACUCUGCUGUCACUAUCCCAUGUGACGAGGGUUAUCGAGACUGCACUGGGGUCUGACACACUUUGUCUGAAUACAGGGACUAAUUUGCUAAAACGGACUGAACCGAACCUUUCGAGACUGACGAUUUACCCUAGUUACUCCAUUCUAUUUAUAUUUUUGAAAGCGUUACAAGCGCUUCCUCCUGUGAUUCUUAACCAUAUCGAUUGGACCACACAACUCUAUGAUAUAUCCCUGCCAAUAUAUUACGUAUUAUUUUGCAAACUAAUUGUUUUCACAUGUAUUGUGUGAUUAUGGCCCCUUUCAGGCUGUCUAUUCGCGAAGACGUCGUGAGCAGUCCGACAUGUUAAACGUUUACGAGAAUUAAUAACUUAUGCGGCAGUAAUUCCUGUCAACUGCUCGAGUAUGUCGGACGUAACACGACGUAAUGAUCCCUCCAACAAAUUAAACGAAUAUAAUCACUGCCAUUGUGCCUAACACAAUAUAAAUGUUCCUCUUUCUAUCACUCGUUAAAUCUUCGCGAUAUAGCACAUCUGAAAGGAAGUCCCUUAAUUGAAUACCUACGUUAUACUUUCUCACUAAGUACCUUCCAAACUUUCCCAAAUAUUAUUAAGUCCGUUUAGUUGUUUUAUUAAAUUUUGUGUGUAAGGUAAUCGUCAGUAGAUGCUCGUUUUUUCACACUGUUCUUUCAAAUCGACUCCAAUCAUUCUCAAUGAAUUCAUUGAAAACCAUUAAAAUAGAAUGUGGAAAAUGUUUUACCCUGUUUACGUAAAUAAAGUUCAGUCGCCAACCAGUAACAACGAAGUAAGUGCUGUUUCUGAUAACAGUGAACAUUUUGCUCAUCAGAAUCAAGGUGUGAUCAGACUAAGCAAUCUCCACACGUGAAUCUCCAUGGAUGUAUUAACCGGUCAGUAUGCAAGAUUAACAGAUUCCAGAGCGCACAUUAUGACCUGACACGGCCAUCAUUGUUACACUAAGAUACAAGAUAUAGAGCUAUAUUCACCAUACAGCGUUGUAUCAAGUCGUAGUGAAACAAUUAUGGUCGCAGUACCACAUAAUGUUGACUCCGAACACUUCGCGAUUAUGGCAUUUGAUGACGACACUGGUCAUUCCCAACUACAGACUAGCGUUUAGAACAUAGCAAAUUCAAACUAAAGAAGAACGAAGAUAUAAAAGUAUAUUUAUACUUUAACUUUGACAAAUGUAAUAAACAAAUGUUUUACAGUAUGAAAAUCUUACUGUUUGGUAAUAGAAAUUUCAAUAGAAAUCUUGCCCUUUAUGUUGUGUUCUCAACGCUAGUCGAAUCGCAAUCGAAGCUUUCGUUUUUGAGCUCGUCAAUGGCGCCACUGGCGUAUAAAGUCUGCUGUCGCUGGCCAAACAGAAUUAUUAUUACCGCCGCACUCAAAGUCAUAUAAUAGUCACUUAACCCAAUCCUCAGCAAUUAUUCUUGUUACUAAGGAAUAGUUUAAGUAAUCCUAAUAUGUCUCUGAUUACGGCAGUUAGACAAUAAGUCUAAGGACUUCAAGCGAUGAUUUCAAACACGAAAGCCGUGAUUAAUUCAACAGCUAGUUGCCAAAGUGGGAUGGCACAAAAUAAUAAUAAUAAAUGUAAUAGUCGUUCAAUGUACUCUUAGCUUAAGGCACGUUACUGUGACGAGUCUAGUCAUCAUAAACUAGUAUUCCACAUAUUAAAUUAAAUUCAUAAAUGUAACUACGUGUCAAAUGUUUGCAAUGUUCCGGUCGAUUUAAUGCAAUGUACAUAGGUGGUUUCUUCAACUUGAGAAAUAGUUACAUUUACUUUGAAAUUACAUGUAACUUACGCGUUAGAUUAUUAUCUAUUCUGAAAUAAAAAAUGCUUACCACAUUUUUCGACUGGCUUAAAUAAUCCGAAUAUGAAGUACAACAUAAUUCACUAAAAUAAAUAUUGUAUAAAUACUGACAUUUGCAACAGAUAAUUGUAGCUAUGUCUUCUACAAAAUUAACUUAGUCUCGCAGAUGACGGCUGAAUUAUUAAAGAAACACUAUACACUUCAAUACAUAUACCGUCUUCGAUAAAAAUUGACAGAACGUGGCCUGUACCUUUAAUACGAGUUUACGUUGAACGAAAACAAAACGAGAGCGCGUUCGACGCUGUGAUUAGCUGGCGCGAAUGAACCAUCCAUACAGAGCGCCAAACGCGCUCACGUUUCGAUUUUGUUAAACGUAAAGCAAACUCGUACUAAGGGUACAGUAAACCUUUAUUGAAACAAUGGAAGGGUGGAUGAGGUACAACAUACCAGAGUGUUACAGAAGACUCACGGAAAAGAGAACGAAAUAGACCAUUUUUGAUGAUUUGAAUCUCCACCAUAUUUAACAUACUUGAGUAUGUCAAUCUACCACAGUCUAUACGGUGAUAGUGCCGAUGUUACAUAAUGUAGUAUUGCAUUAAAUUGAACGAACAGUAAGUCAUUAUAAUAAGAAUUACAUAUAGCUAACCUGUCUUAGAUUGAAUAAGAAUUUUCAUGUCAUUACAUAAAUUUCUUAAUUUUCGUAAAGGGGCGAGAACCCGAUUGUUUUGAUAUUUUUAUUAUUAAUAAUUUGUUAAAUUAAUUAUAUGUACAAAAUAAGUUUUUAGAUAUGAUUACGAUAUUUUUGUAUGUGACAAAUGAAUUGUUAUUUUAAUUUGAAUUAUAUUUAUUUGGACAAGUUUAUUGUGUAAGCGGAUGGAAGAAAAGGGAACGCGUGUUUCGUGUGUUAAGUUAGAUAAAUAAUUACACAUAAUUUUAUUACAUUUCCUUAAAAAGGUUGUGUUGUAAUCUCUUAACGUUUUCUCUUUAGAUCUCUAUCAUUAUUAAGUCUCGCAAUAUUCUUAAAGAAACAUAUUUCCAAUAUACUGUUCCUUGUACUUUUACUCUAAUGAAAAUGGUUGAAAAUCUCGUAAAUUAUAGCAAAAGUUUGGCAGCUACUUAGCUUCGUAAAUACAAUAUUUUGAGUGUAAUUUCACAAUUAAAUAAUGGAUUGACAUCAAGUAAUUGCAGGCAGGCGUGUAAUACAACUUCAAUAUUGGAACAAUAUUCAAUAUGUCAAUGAUCUAAAUCGUUAUUUGCAUAGAACAUCUCUAUAUUCUCUCUAACAUUACACUGUCAAACAAGCCAUUAUUAAAAGUAAACUUUAUAGUAAUCAUAAUAAAACUAAAAUUCCCUUGCCAUUUUCGCCCUAAGUUUAUUUUAAGAACUUAACCUCACGUGGUUUAUUUUUUUAAAUUUUUUUUUAUAUAAAACAUUCCAAUAAUGUUUCUGUAUAUAAAUUGAGAUUAUUUAGUAUAAUUCUUCUAAACGUGUUUGGGAACGUGACAAGUUUGGGAAUUGGAAAAGUACUUAUCUGCACAAGUUCGUGUUUUGUUGUGAAUUUCGAGAAAAUUUUACAAUAUCGGUUAUUUAUUGUAUUCGCGUAUAUAUUGGAAUAGUGUUAGUGCAUGCAUAGCAUAAUUUUGGCUUUUUAUGGCGCUUAUUAGCCAUUAGACGUAAGGAUUUGAUAGGGUUGUCAGAAGCGUUGGAUUUGCAAAAGCAAUAUUGCUUUCGAAGUGAAAAUGAAAGCUAAUUGUCUGAGUAUAAUUAUCUACCUACUCAGAAUAGCCCUAAAAGGGUACCUGCUGAAGAAAUUGGAACGUAAAAUAGCUUUUUCGAGCUUUUCGUGAUAUUUUACAACUUUAUCUGGAUAGCUUUUUAUCAAGACUGACAGCCCUGCAAAAUGGCGGUUGGCGGGUAAUAGUUUGAAUUUACCACACCAGUGUAAUUUGGAGGUUGAUAAGAUCCGGUAUAUUGCAGUUUUAUAAUCGUAAUUUUUAUCUAUAUGUAAUUUAUGUGUAAUAGUAAUUAAUUAAUAAACUUACCAAAGA